AUUUUCCAUCAGCUGAUCACUUCGCAAAUUUUCCUAAAACCUUAUUAUCUAGAAGCGAAUAUAUAAUUUGUGAUUUUUUAAGAGAAGAUUGUUGCGAAAGGUAUGAAUUUCACUUAAGCCAAAUUUUAAAAAACCGGCUGGUAACAGGACGAGAUUUGAUAGAAAACUCUUUUUUAUUUUUGUCUUAGGCGAAAUGCUUUCUCGGAUGUUUAUCUCUCAGGUGAGGCAGUUUAGCCAAAGACGACUUUUGUGUACAGAAGCGAGCUUGACCAAAAGUGUAAUUGGCACAAGGGAAGUCGUCGGUUAUGGAAUAAAUGGAACUCCUUCUUAUUGGGACUUGGAAAUGUUUCCUUAUCCAGCAGUCCGUUUUAGAGAAAUCACGCCAAACAUAAAGGCCUUAAAAGAAAAAGAAAAGGGUAACUGGAAAUCCUUGACGAUAGAUGAAAAGAAAUGUUUAUACAGAGUCAGCUUUUGCCAGACUUUUGCAGAAAUAGGUGCACCUAGUGGAGAAUGGAAAUAUAUAACGGGCUCUGUCCUCCUUGUAUUAUCUGCAGCCAUUAGCCUUUACACGACAAUAUAUGUGUUAACUAGAGGCGAACCUCCAAAUUCUUUUAAACUUGAGAGUCAGCAAGCCCAAUUGAAACGGAUAAUACAACUGCGCAUGGAUCCAAUCGAUGGGAUAUCAUCGAAGUGGGAUUAUGAAAAGAAUAAAUGGAAAUAGAGCGACAGAAGGAACAAACUUUUGUAUUUUCUUCUUUGUAACACGUCAAGAUUAAAAUUUUUUGUUCUAUGA